AUGGCGGAAGAAGACCUUAUCUUUCACAUGGAAUGCUUCGAUAACACCAAGCCAGCGAAAGCAGUCUCUGGGAAUUACCACGACACCGAUAGCGAGGAUGAAGAUAAUUACUAUAUCUGCCCGAUAACAGAUGACCCUGUUGCAAACAAGGCAGCUGGUGACAAAGUCAGCAACUAUUACACCAACUUGAUGAAAAAUGAGCUGUAUUCAUCCAGCGCUUCUCCUAGGAGUUCUUUUGACAUCAAGGUUAGUCCACACCAGUCUCUCUCUUUCCUGGCUUUUCCUGGGCUGGCAUGAGGUCAAAACUUUCUUCCCCUGCUUUGUUUCUUGUAACUAACUACUGUGAUGUACAACUUGCGUGUGUUUUACCCAGACCUGUAGCUGCUCCCAAGACAAUGGCCCACCCCUUUAGACCAAUUUGCAGUUUGCUCAUUUCCUGUGCGUAGACCGAAGUGUGAAGCCGUAAACAUUCGGCACAGAGCUGGCUUGUGUGUUUGUAAAUACGCAGAAGACACAGGUUGUGGAGCUGCAAAUGAUCAUGGCCACAAAUGUUGGCAAAGUCUGUUAAAUAACCCAGACGGAGUCCGAAGAGAAAAUAAAUCCUGGUAAUACUUUGCUGAGGAAACUGAACGGAAGGCAAUGUAUAAUUUGAAGAGAAAGGUACAGACAUGUCUUUCUCUAUCUCCAGGCCUUGUACAUAGCAGGGAGGUGUCCAAGCAAGCAUACAAAGGAAAACUCCCUCAAAACUACACAGCCUAUCAAGGCAGUGUGCCACCUCAGCAAAACAUCAUUCCACCUGAACUGCAGCCCUUGUUGAGCUGGCUUUGGUCCUAAGGCCUCCAUUAUUAUUAUAAUUAUUGGCAACUCUCCAUUUUCAAUUAUAAUUACUUUCCGUGAUAACAAUGUAUUACGUACUCUUCAGCCAUUGCUCUCUGUGUGGGAUGUGAAGCAACAAAAAGCUGCAAGAGUCACAAUAAAUAAAAGCAUAACUAGUUGCAGCAAGCUGUUUCAUAAAAGCAGCAUAAACGAGGUAAAGCCAAAAGGUAUUGGCAGGUAAAAUGGGUUUUCACCUGGCAAACCUCUCUGGGAAGGUGUUUUCCCAGCUAGGGUGCCAUAGCUGAAAAGGCCCUGCCUUCCACCGCCAUCUCUCUUCCUUCUGAUGUCAGAAGGACAUGGGACAAGUUUACUGUGUUUGCCUCUGAAAAACACCACUCUGUGUGCAGCAAACAUAAUUGCCAUGUGACUCAUUUGAAAACUCUGGCCCUUGCAGUUAGCUUCCAUAUAACUAUUUCACAAUGGGAUGUUGUCACUGAUGUUUCUUAAGAAGUAUCACUGUGGGCCAGAAGUUAGAUGUCUGUCAGUGAAAGGUUGUUAGGAAGCAGAGGAGAGGAACACCAGUUGAAAGAGAAGUGAGCAGGAUUGUAUACUAGAUGAUCAUAGAAUUGUAGAGUUGGAAUGGAUCCCAAAGGUCAUCUGGUCACAAUCCCCUGCAGUGCAGGAAUCUCAGCACGCGGUCCCCCAUCCAAUUUAAAACCGUAGUGGACCCAGGCUGCAUUGGUGGAUCAGAUGAAAGGUAGCAUAGAAAAACUGGCUUUCAAAAACUUUCACCAAGCACAAUGGAUGUGUCGAUUGUCUUGAAAAGUGACUUUCAUUUAAAUGCUAUUUUGCUCUGUUCUACAUGCUUACUGUAAUUGUUUUCAUGUAUGUCCUUUAGAAUGGCACUCAGCAGCAAUCUAAGCAUGGCUCUGCCAUUGACCAUAGCCGGGUAGGUCAAAAAUGAAUGCGGUAACAUUUUAAAAUAAAUUUCUUGUUUGAGGUGGGCGAGUGGUUUAAAACCCAAAUCCCACCAUUUCCAGAAAAAUCAUAUGCAGCUUUAUGCACAGUUCUCUCAAUAAACACAGUUUUGUAUGCCGUUUCCCCUCACAUAAGCAUUUUCACUAUUACGCACAUUUUGUGCACAGGGUUGGGCUGAGUGUCUUGGAGAAUGAAACAGCCAUUUGUCUGGAGUUGUAAUAUUCAUCUGCAUCCUUUACAUACUAACAUGCCUUUUGCUUCAUGUGGUGAGCUGGGAUUUUUGGUUCAUUUUCAAGCGGCUUUUGCUUCUCAGUUUGAUUAUAUGUAGCUUGUUUUGUGUUCUCCCCGCCCCCCCCCCCGCCCUUACUUUUUCCUCAAGAGCAUGUUUGAGUUUGACUGUAUCACUGGGACAUUAAAAAAUAAGACUAGGAAUGCCUGAGCAGAUCCAAAGAAAGGAUGCAUCUGGCUGAGAUUAGCGGUCAAGGGGCACCAGCUGAGACAGUGACAUACUCCCAAAAUAUUUUGUUGUAAAAGAAAGUAACUUUGCAUUAAAAGAAAAACACGAGUUCAGUCUUGGCUUUCGUGUUGAUUAUCAUUUUUUGAGCAAAUUAAGUUAAUUUGGAUAGGCAGAAAAUAUUAAAAAUACAUUUAAGGAACCGCAGAAAUAGGGGGAAGGAAGUCAAGUUUUGAAAUGUUGAAAUGACUGUAAAAUGAUUGAAAUGUAUAAAAUUUAAAAUCAUAAAUAAUAUAUGUUUUUUAAAAGAAAAUUUUAAAAGAAAAAUGCAUCCAACAGAGGGCCGUUGGCCUGAACCAGUAAAUCCUUACACAUAUUUACCUCCCCACUCCUUGAUGUCAUAUUAUAUAUAUAUAUAUGAUGUGAUGUCAGAGUAGUGCAGGCAGGUGUGGUUUUUCCCAAACAGGUCCAAAUGUACAGGCUGGCCCACGAGACUUGUGUCCGCAGACAAAUAUCCGCAGACAAACCGUUUUCAGGGCUCUCCCUGUGUGCUUCCCUUUGCAAGACUGAGGUCCAAAAGUACGAUGGGAGAUCAAUGAUUGUGCAUUAUCUCUGACGGCCUUUUGUGAAUAACUCAACACUUUUCAACUUCUGCAGCAAGCCUGGAAGCACGCCAUUGAGAAAGCCAAGCACAUGCCUGACCCAUGGGCAGAAUUUCAUCUGGAGGACAUUGAAACGGAAAACGCAACACGUUACAGGUUUGUAGGCACUUCUGCUUCUAUUACUGAUGUUGCAUGUGUGCCCCUGUGGGCUUGGGUGGGGGAUAGGGGCACACCCACCAAUGGUGGCACAGAUUUCAUACAAGAUCUUGCCUAUUUUGGGUGAGAUCUUGCCCCAAAUCACAUGAGAUUUAUUUUUAUUUUUUUGCUCUACAAAAUCUUGUGCGAUUUCGGGCAAGAUCUCGUCCCAAAUGGGCACAAUGUUGCCCGAAAUUGGUGCCGAUUUGCAGCAUCACUUCUCUGCUGUUGGCAGAGGUCGCAGGCCAGGCGGGAGACCUGCAGGCAGGCAGCCUGAGGCAGUGACUUCACCCUGCCCAACGGCUGAGCCGGCACUGGCAGGGCAGGGCUAUGUGUCAAAGGGGUUUGUUUCUUUUUCAAAAUAGUCCAUCUUGAAGCAUCUUGAAGCAUAGGCAAAUAUUAAUAUCUCUCUCUCCCCCUGUGCAUGGACUUUUUAGUGGCACCCUAAGAUGAAAAAUAUGUGAUCAGGAAGACAUUAAGAGGCUUGCUGCUGAUUGAUGUGCAAAUAGGUUAAACAUAAUGGGCAAUAACCACAUUACUCCUUUUAAUUAGUUGUUGUAUUUAUGGCUCUUGCCUAUAUGUCCUGAUAGGUUCUUGCUUGCGGGUGUUCUGUUCUAUUUCACAUUUUUUUAUUAACUUCCAUUGGAGGUUUUUAAAAUAAAUACCAACCAACAGUUUAGGUAACCUUUAUCUGAACCGGAGUUAAGCUGGUAAUCCAGAGUCCGUGUGGCUUGUCCAUUACCGCCCCCUGCCUCACCCCUUGUCUUGCACGUAUCCUGAUUUUUGAUUCUCCAAAUCUUAUCUUUUUCUUCUUUGUCCCAAGCUACAAUAGUGAGCUCAUUGGUGUUGUCUUAGGAAUUAAAUCUUCAUAAGGAAGAAAGCUUCCAACAUGCUUUUAUGCAAAGCUAUAAAUAGUUGGGCCUCUUAGUAACGCGCUGUGCCGUUCUUAAAAUAGUGUUUGCUUUCUCUCGGGUGUGCGUGCUCCUCUGCUAUGCACAGCCAGAAUGUAAACCUUUAAAAAAGGACCAGUGCAGGCGUGCGCAGAGCAGAACUGACCUCUGACUUGUGUGCGUUCCUGCUGGGCAGACAAGCUCAUCGGAACAUGCUGUACAUAAUGCACAUCUGAAGUGUGCAUUCGCUGGGUGUGAAAUGAGUUCAGCUAAGCAUCUUAUGGCAGGAUUACAUGAGGAAAGGUGGAAGAAAACUGUCAGAAAUAGAUUGUUGCCCAACACAUUUCAAUUAUUAUAGCUCUCUUUUCCUAUUAAAAAGAUCUUGAAUCGCAGUCUCUGCAGAAAAAGACAGAUACUGUAAUAUUUGAAAUACAUUGGCUGAUAAAUGGUCUCCUGCGGGACUUUAAGGAAAGUGUUGGACACACCCUUCUUCCCAGGUCAUGUCAGUCCUUUGCUUAAUCUGAAACCCCCUUUCCAUUAUAAACAAAAACCUCAGGAAAACCAGUCAUGCAGCUAUAUGGAAAUCUGUAAUCCCUCCAUAAAAUAUUAUAAGCACAUGAAAACACUUUUGUUUCGACAAGGGUUUCCAGAUGGAUGAAAAAGUAUCCACCUUAGGUGUUUAUUCUGUACUGUUUUUCAAACUUCCAUUGUUUCAUACUGUAUUUUAAACUACUUUAUGUUGCAGCCCUCAAUGCCACCUCCCCUGCCGCCACCAAAUGCUGUCCCAAGAUUUCCCCCAACCCUUGGAUCAGAUUUGGGAAUGGGGGCAAGGGCUGUGGAAGGAAGGGGGAAUAAUAGAAAAUUGCCUCCUAGUACCUCUUCAUAGAGGCCUCCACAGGAUAAAGGAGCUUCUGUGAAUGGUUGCAGUUGGGGGAAAAACAAUGGCUAAAAUGUUUUGAUUUGAAAGACAGUUAAAUUGAUCUUUUAAUCGACAAUACCUGAUGGGUGCUUAUUUUUAUAUGUUUUAUUACAAAUAUUGUGCAUGUGUGUUUUAAAUUCUAUUUUCCCUCUCUGGUAUUUGGGGGGGGGUUGUUAUUGGGUUGUUCUUGUUUUUAUUUUGAUUGUAUAUUUUGUGUUUUUAUAUUGUGAUUUUAUCCUGUGAACCUCCAUGAGACCUGUGGGCAUAGGGCGGUAUAUAAAUGUUAAUAAUAAUAAAUUUGUGGUAUGAGACUCACAUGAAAGGCAAUUCACAAGAUAAUGGCACAGACCAGUUCCUCCAGUUUCACAUGUGCUUCAUGUGUGUUGCAUAGCAUGUAGUGAUAGCAACAUGUGAAUCCACAUGUACAGAAUUGCACAUAAGCCAGAUUGUGGCUGCCUCCACACUAUACAUUUAAAAGCUAAUUUAAAGCACGCACACGCAUACACACACCCAAAUCCUAGAAACUAUAGUUUUUACCCUUCACAGAGCUACAAUUCUCAGCUCCCUUAACAAACCAGAGUUUCCAGGUUUCUUAAGGGGGUGGGAAUGUGCUUUAAAUGUGCUCACGGAGGCCUGGUCUCAGCACGUCUGAUGGUGUUUGCUGUGCUGAUCCUUUAAAGGAAAAAAUAAUCCACAUUCUUGUGCUUACAAGGGAAAGUAGAAACUAUUUCAAGUAUUGUGUCGUGCGCGUUCCCAAACCCUUAUGCACAGUCACAUGUAGCUCUGCAGAAGUUUUAAGGACAGAAAGAGACAGCAUUUCUCCCUAGCUGGUGCCAAAGAUAUGCAGAUGAUGGCUAUCUGUCUCUGGCAACAUUGCUGUUUCAGCUGAAUGUGAAGCGACCAGUUAAAAGAAAACCCGCAGUGAAAUCACACAACUAAAGCAAGAAUGUUGUUCUCCCCUUCACAGUCAGAGGGAGGUGGGGGGGAGGGAACCCCUAAAAUCUUUGUUUCUUGUUCAGCCAAACAGUGAUUAAGGGUGUUGAAAGUGGGCAGUGGUUUGUAUAGCCAAAUAUUGUUUUCUCUCUCAGCUUCCAUCCGUUGAAUUUUAUUUCACUGAGAGGAAAACAGAAUUGCAUUCUUCCCUUCAGAGUUGUUGUUAUAUAUAUUUAGUAGCUGAUUUACUCGCAAAAAUGAGUCAAAUUGAUUUACAAACACAACAGGAAUACUAAAACCAAUUAUGAUAAACAGAAUCAACAAAAAUCUAACAAACACAUCUAUUUGUUUUAUCCUGUUCCAACCAAAGAGGCCACAAAUACUUACAAAUGCCUCAAACGAGGGGGUGGAAACCUGGGUAAAACUCCUCUCCCCCCCCCCCGGCUCCUAAAACUAGCUAAAGAGGGUUCCAGGCAAGCCGGGGGGGGGCAUUUCACAAGCAGGGAGCCACCACCGAAAAGCCCCUUCUUGUGUUGCCAUAAAUCUCCUUUGAAGGGGGAACAUGGAGAAGGGCCUCAAAUGAUGAUCACAAAUAUUUUUCUGUCAAUUUAAAAAAACUGAUGUUUUUCAUUUUUAAUGUUGUGUUAUGUGUGUGUUUAAAUUGCUUGAUGUUGUUUCUGUGAGGCUCCUUGAAAGGGCUUGUUUUUUGUCUUGAAAUAUAGCGUAAGUGUAUCGAAAUAAACAAACAAACAGCGAACGAUUCGUUAUUACUUCUACUUUGACCCCUACCUCCAGAAGGUUAUCUUCCAAAGUAUAUAUGUAUAUAUUAAUACGUAAACACGCAUAACUCCCUUGGGUGGGGUACACAGAUAAUAUCCCAGUAGGCCAAAUGACUUGGUAGAAAGUGAAAUAGCAGUUUUGCUAGGCAGCCUGCCAAGGAAAAAUUGCUGCUCCUGCCCUUAAAACAGUGGCAUGUGGCUGUACCUAAGGGCAUGUCUGAAUUAUUUGCCACUUGUAUACUUAGUCCCAUUUUCAUUUGUCCCUCUUUGUUUCUGUACUGCUCUUGCUUAUUCACACUAGCAGGCCAGCCGCCAGCACUCUCCAGCCUCUAGACUAACCCACGACUGACUCAUGUCUUUAGCAUUUUUUUCUCUCUCCCAGACCUUCCAGCCAGCUUUGUUUGGGAGACGUGAGACAAGAACAGGGACAUUUCUCUUCCACUCUCUGUGGAAGAAGUGUCUGGUUGGACACUGUAGAAAGUAGGAUACCGGAUUCUGUCAGCCAUCAAACUGACCCAUGAGGGCUCUUCUUGUGUUCUUAAUUUUUGUUGACUACUGUAAUUCGCUCUACGUGGGGCUGCCCUUGAAACUGUCCCACAAACUCCAGCAGGUGCAGAAUGCUGCACGGGGUCCCUGCCAUGGGAGCAGAUUCACCCAGUGCUUUUCCAGCUGCACUGGCUCCCGGUGGAGUAUAGGGUCAGGUUCAAGGUGCUGUUCUUGACCUUUAAAGCCUUUUGUGGCUUAGGGCCCUCGUAUCUAUGGGACCGCCUCUCCUGGUAUGCCCCGCAGAGGACCUUAAGAUCCAUGAAUAACCAUAGUUUAGAGGUCCUGGGUCCUAAGGAAGUCAGACUAUCCACCAGGGCCAGGGCCUUUUCAGUGAUGGCUUCGACCUGGUGGAAUGCUCAGUCCCCUGAGACUAGGGCCCUUCAGGAUUUAACCUCCUUCCGUCAGGCCUGUAAGACAGAGCUAUUCCGCCUGGCCUUUAAUUUGAAUUCAGCCUGAUCUUUUAUUUCCCUUCUCUUCCCUCCCCCUCCUCUUUUAUGAAGAUCACCCACUCUGAGACCCCACAGCUAAUUCUCCACUGACCUCCUCGCUGGCCCAAGUAGGACCAAUUCAGCCAGCUAGCCCUGGGGAUUAUCGAAUUGAUUUUUUAUUUUUGAAUUUUAUUGUUAUUCAUGUUUUUAUACCCUAUUUUAUGCUGCUUUUAUAAUUAAGUGUUUUAAAGUGUUUUAAAUUUGUUGUUAGCCACCCUGAGCCCGGUUUUUGAACCGGGAAGGCCGGGGUAUAAAUAAAAAUUUAUUAUUAUUAUUAAUAAUUUCCCACAAUGCCCCUGAUGUAGCAUCACACUGGGGCACUGUGGGAAAUUCAAAAGCGAAAAGCAGACCCUCUCCAUUUAAAGCCUGGCAGUGUGGUUAAAACAAAUAAUAGUUUCUUUUUCUUCCUUGGUGAUUUUUAACUAUCAGACCCAUGUUGUUUCUUACUUGGCAGAUACAAUGCUGUUACUGGAGAGUGGGUCGAGGAUGAGGUUCUGAUCAAAAUGGCUUCACAGGUGAGAACUUCGCAAAUUCUUGGCUUCCGGUCCCACCUGCCUUAAUGGAGGCAGCCCCAUGACGGCGGGGGAUUGUCGGCGAGUUUAUUUAUUUAUGGCAUUUUAAAAGUCCUGCUCUUCCUCCAGGAUACAUAUUAGCCCCCCUGCUUUAUCCUCAAAACAGCCCUGCAAGGUUAGAUUGGGCGAAGAGUUAGUGAUUGGCCCAAGGUUACCUGGUGAGCAUUAUGGCUGAGUGAAGACACAUGCCUGAGUCUCCCCUAUUCCUUUUUUAGCCAUUUAACAACCUCCACAGUGUUGUGUAAUGGUUAGAGUGUUGGACUAGGAUCAGGGAGACCCAGGUUCGAAUUCCCUCUUGGCCAUUUGGAGCUUGGGCCAGUCACUAUCUCUUAGCUUAACCUACCUCACAGGGUUGUGAGGAUAACAUGGGAAUGAAGAGAAAUGUGUUUACCGCUUUGAGCUCCUUGGAGGAAAAGUGUGGAAUAAAUCCAAUAAAUAAAUAAACGGGAGUUUGUACUGAGAUUGUUGUUGCUUCAGAUUGUUCCAUUCUGAAAAUACUUUUCCACAGAAAACUCUGGGUAUUGAUACACCCAUUUAUAUUCAACAGGGAGUUUGCCCCUUUUUGGCUGGGGAGGGCAGUAGUCUCCUGUCUCUCACCUGCCGAGUCUAUUUCCGAGUCUCAGUACUUGGCCUGCAAAUUCCCUCUGGACCUUUAUUGCUUGGAGUAAAUCUGUGCAUUACCUGUUUUGACUGGGAUGCUUAACCCUUCCCACACCCGCUAAUUUUCUCAAGCAAAUAAAUGCCUUCCCAUGGUUUUUCCUCUCAGAUCACCUUCCCAUCUCAGAGCCCAGUUAAGGGUGAAAGUGAAUUAAUAACAUCUGGGAAUCAAUAGCAUCUUGAGGGGGAUACUUGCUGGAAAGAAUUGGAUGGGGAGGGACACUCAUUGCUUCCUUCCCACCAAUUCUAGCCUGCAGUUCAACCUCCAAAGCAAUUAUAAAGCUUCUGUUUGUGAGCUACGAUAAAAAAUAAGUGUACCCCUUCUAGGGCUUAACUCAUGCUUAAGAUAAAAGGCGCUGUCUACAUAUUACAGAAUGCUGUGAAAAGAAGCCAUUAACUCCCACUUUAGUUCUUUCUUGCCCUCCCAGUAAAUUUAAAAUACAGUAAAGUAACCUAGUUCAGGGCGGGUUUUUUGCUUGAUGAGCCUGUUUUCACAUUGUUUGAUUUUUAUAUUGCUCUUUCAUUAUGGGCUGGGAUGUUCUUUACAGUUGCAAAUGGCUGCUCUGAGUAAUAUGAGUGCAUUAGAGGGCAGGAAUCAGGAUAUAAAUAUUUGAAUACACAUGUAAGGAAAACAUGGACUUGUAUUGGAGUGUAUUUCCAGUACGGAUGCUUUAGCUGUUGUGACAGUUCUCUGCAUUCUCAAAAGGAUGCCUGCAGCUCGUAGGAUUUUCUUUCAGUUACUUGGGAGUACAGGCAGAAUUUUUCAAAUACAAAUAACCUUUGGAUGAGUAACGAUUGAUCAUAUUUAUAUUGAUUUUCAGCCUUUUGGCCGUGGAGCAAUGCGGGAAUGCUUCAGAACGUAAGUGUAUCUCUGCUUAUAAAUAUUCUUGGGCUGUAUUUUGCAGGAUGGGAGUUUGAGCCUAAAAGCCAUGAAAAGAAAACAAUCAGGGCCAGAGAGAGAGAGAGAUGUGAGGCCACAUUUGGCCCUAGAUCUGAGAUUCCGCAUUCUUGCCCUACAGGCUAUGGGGUGAGAACCCAACAAAUAUAAUAAUGUCACCAUAUUGCAGAUAUUAUCCUGGCUCCCAUGCUAUCAUGUUUUCAUAGAGCAUUAAGUUCAAUUUUUUUUCCUAUUUCUUGUUCUCUCUUGGUCUUUGCUCUUUCAGGAAAAAGUUGUCUAAUUUUUUACACACUCAUAACUGGAAAGGUGCCUUCAACUAUGUUGCCAAGAGAUACAUAGAAACCGUGAACAGGGAUGUCUACUUUGAGGACGUGCGACUCCAAAUGGAGGCCAAGCUGUGGGGAGAAGAGUAUAAUCGUCACAAGCCCCCCAAGCAGGUACUUUGUUCUAAGUCAGUGAGCAAAACACCACCCCCACCACUCAGGGGAGGCAAACAGUUCAUUGAGUUUCUGAAUUAAUGCCAGUUAAUUACGACGAAUAAAUCCAUGACCAUUUCACUGGCAGCUUAAUGCAAGUUGAAUUCUGUGGCGAUCACACACAGGGCCCCCGGACGUUUGACGGUCUAUUGACCCUGUGCCGCCACUGCGAUUGCUUUUUCCGCUGCCACCACCCCAUAUCUCACGGGGACACACGGAGUCCAGUCAGUUGUUAACAUAAACAAAUAAUCAAGUUUAUUUUUAGAUGCAGGAACAAGCUUAUGGUUUCAGUUAGUUUUUCUUGACAGUUUCUUCAUCUUAGUUCCUAACAACUCCAAACUGAUUAUUCCAUCUAUCUAUCUGACUCCACCUAACAAUUCCUCUCAGUCUCUCACAAUACAACUCUACCAACCCACUUCCUAUUCCUCCCUCUUCCUUCUUCAACACCCAAACCUCAACUCUCAACCCAACUGACUUUCAAAACCUCCCACUCUAACUUUUAUUCCCCCCUUGCAUUCUCACUGGCCAAUCACAUCACACCUAUUUUAACCCUUUCCUUAUGACCCAUCCGAGGAGGCAAACGCCACAAAUUCCAAAAAAAGCAUUCAGUGGAACUUGCUGUGAUUUGUCUUCCACAAUGGAGUGUGUAACAAGGGCAACGUUCCUGAUGGACUGGGCGGAAAGAGUAAUUUAUAACUGGCUGCAAUUUCCUCUGUUCUUUAAACAGAAAUUUGAAUUGUUUUCAAGUGAAGGCACUUAGCUGUUUGUCACACCCUUCUGCCCAAAUGCCAUAAAGCACAUCAGCAAUUCUACACUGAUUUCAGGAAACGGAUCCUCAGCAUUUACCUGCAUACGUUUAUUCUGGGAACUAUAAGUCCCGUCAGGGGAAAAGGCAGAGUAUAAAUAAACACCGGUAUAUUACAGUAAUAAUAGUACGUUUGCCCCUCACAGAACUACAGUUCCCAACACCCACAACAAACUUCAGUUCCUACAAUUCUUUGGGGGGAGUGUGCUUUGAAUAUACUUUGGAAAUAUGGGGUGCAUGCUGCAGCCCGUGUUCCUUCGUAGCCUCCUUUUUUGGCCAGAAUUUACCAUUUGACGGGAAUUGUGUGGGGAGGGGCAUCCUCACUGUUUCUUCAAAACUCCCUUGCUUCCUUCCUCAGGUGGACAUAGUCCAGACCUGUAUCAUUGAAAUGAAGAACAGAGCUGGCAAGCCUCUCUUCCACCUGGAACAUUACAUCGAGGGCAAAUACAUCAAGUACAACUCAAACUCAGGAUUUGUGCGAGACGACAACAUCCGCCUCACCCCGCAGGUGAGACUUUCUUGGUAACUGGAUUAGUUUUAGUGAGCUAGCUGUGGGACUUUUCGGUCUGAGCUGGCUGUCACCAAAGGCAGUCCAGAAGCAGACGCCCAGCCCCAAGUGUCCAGGCAGGGGGUCAAGAUUCGAGGCAGUGAUUGGAAAAGUCGAGCAGCAGCUUAUGCUCUGUCCUCAAAAAAGAAGACCAAUGUCACUCUGAGAUAAGGGCUUUACAGGGACCAAAGGACAGGGAUUGGCCCCAUUGAGGUCACCACACUGAGUGACCCGGCAAGCUGGUACUGCAGUGUAGAUGGCGCUCACACUUUUAUGGCUACCCCUGCUUUGACUUCCUGUCUCUGAACGGCAGACUAUCUACAUGAACACUCCCUGAUGCUCAAUACGCCUGUUACAUGGGGCUCUGUGACAUUGCUGCCCUUGUAAUGCUUUUUUGCUGAGUUAUUCUAGUUUGCCAAUCUGUUGUAGUAAUAAUAAUAAUAAUAAUUAUUAUUAUUAUUAUUAUUUAUUAUUUAUACCCCGCCCAUGUGGCUGGGUUUCCCCAGCCACUCUGGUGGCUUCCAAUCGAGUGUUAAAAACAAUACAGCAUUAAAUAUUAAAAUAUUACAUAUUAAAUAUUAAAAACUUCCCUAAACAGGGCUGCCUUCAGAUGUCUUUUAAAGAUAAGAUAGCUGCUUAUUUUAAUACCCUUUAAGCUUUUAUGGUUCAAGCUUUCAAGGUUCUGUUACUUUUUAGUUAGGAAAAUGGGAAUACCUUGGUAUCUGCUUAAUGAAGGCAGGAGUUCUAAGUCUGCCUUCUGCCUUAAGUUGUCUUGCAGCUGGUCCAGAUGUUAUACUCGUACCUUGGUAGCUUCUGAAAAGUUGGAAACUGUGUGGCCAAGCCUUUGUGUGGGAAGUAAUUAGUGUGCAGAAGUUCCUAAUCCAAGGGAUGAGCCUGUUUAUCCAUUGUGCUGUGGCCUCUAAUUUUGGGGUGGUUGAGCCUCUGUAGGUUGCUUCCUUGUGUGUACAGCUUCCCUGGUGGAGGAUUCCCCUUCUAGUUCCAUAUUUAUUUGGAGCAAGAGCUGUAGCUCCGCAUAGUUCAAUUCCCAGCAUCUCUUGAUAGCACUGGGAGAGACACUUACCUGAAUUAUCUGCAGAGCCACUCUAUUCAGCAUAGAUUAGGUGUUCCCAAACUGAGGUCCACAGACAAGCUUCAUUCAGGUGGUUCACGGUGUGUCCGUGAAUUUGUGGCUGAAGACGGGAAACAGUGCAUCCAUCUCUUGAAAUAUUCCUCUUAGCUUCCAAUUGCAUUUUUAUUGCUUCUUCUGUUUCCUGUAUUGUAUCUUACUGUAUUUCAAUUUGCGUUCUGCAGAAUCCAAAUUGAAACACAGUAAAAUGCAAUGCAUGAGAAAUAAACGAAGCAAUGAAAAUGCAAUUACAAAUCACAUGGCAUCUAGCACAGAGCAUUGCAAUUGCUGCAGACAGGCAGAAAAUCAGUAAGUGGUCCGUCAAGAACCUCCGCAAUUCUCAAGUGGUUGGGGGGUGCGUGUGUGGAAGUGGGAACUUUGAGAACGCCUGGGGUAGACAGUGCUGAACUAAAUGGACCAGUUGGUCUGACUAGAUAUAAGGCAGCUUCCUAUGUUGCUAAGCUUACAAUUUCCUGCAGGCUUUUAGCCAUUUCACGUUCGAACGCUCGGGACACCAGCUGAUUGUCGUUGACAUCCAAGGAGUCGGAGAUCUUUACACAGACCCUCAGAUCCACACAGAGAGUGGCACAGACUUUGGCGAUGGCAACCUAGGUAAAACCUGGCCUGUCAUUUGUGUAGCCUUGGUAGUUUGUUAGUGAAGCGAAUAAUGGAAUUGUAGAUUUGGAAGGGACCCUGAGGGUCAUCUAGUCCAACCCCGAAGGGCUGACGGGCUUUGGGACUGAUGCCGAGGCAAACUGCCCCUUACGUUGCAGCCAUUGGUCAAGGAGCCCUAAUAAUGUGGCUCCUUGUGGCUUAUUUCCCUUGAAAUAAAAUUCCAUAACCCUGUUUAAACGCGCCAUUAUUCAUGUGCAACAUUUUGAAGUCCCAAGGUGUUUUGACAACAGUGAGAAAUGCCUGUUUCUGCACAAUUUCAGUGGGAGGAUUUAGAACUUUGUGUGCUGAAAUUCUUCUUUUGAUACCCUCAGGUGUGCGAGGGAUGGCCUUGUUCUUUCAUUCUCAUUCCUGCAACAAGAUUUGCAAAAGCAUGGGACUGACACCUUUUGACCUCUCCACCAAAGAGAAAGAUGCCUUAUUUCGAAGCAAUAAAUUGCUUGUAAGUGCUGCCUCUUGUACCGCUAAACUGUGACCCAUUUUGCUAUCAUAUCUAGGUCUGCUUCUAGAUCUAGACAACUAAGCAGCAUCUAAUCACUGCUGUUCCAUUUGAGCUGGAAAUGGAGCGUAUAAAUUAAAAUGAUGCCUCUGGUUAUUCAAGAAGCAGUUUUGUUGCGCCCCCCCCCUCCCGCCUCUGCCAUGGUCCUGGCUCUGCUGUUCGCAUUGGAAGGAAAGCUCUCAUUUCCACCAGUGCAGUCUUUCUUCCCAAAGCAUAUAGCACCCAAUUGAGAUUGGGACAAUUUUACCCCUUUGUCCUUAAGGGGUAAAAUUCCUCUUACUCCAGGCACAGAACUUGCUAUUUGCUAUUUUCUAACCCAUUCUCACAAUUUCUAAUUGCAUAAAUAAGGACACAUCCACAUCGUACGUGGCUUUCCCAAAAUAAUCCCAAACACUGUGGUGCUGGGAAUCCUAGCUCCGUGGGAAAGGAACGACGGUUCCCAGGAUUAUUGGGGGGGGGGAGGCCAUGUGUUUUAAGUAUAUUGUGUGGAUGUGACGCAUCGAGUCUAGUUUGGGCCCUGGGUCUGUUUCAGAUGUUUUCCUUCAUUGUCCCCAGUCUACAUCUUCCCUUGAAAUGGCUGGUGAGGACAGGGCAGCUCUUUAUGACUGCAUAGCAGCAGCAUUUCCCAUGCUGACUGGGGCUGAUGGGAGUUGUAGUCCACAAUACCCAGAGGUCACCAAGUUGGAAAAGGCUGCAUCGGGCCCGCCAUGCCUGGAACGUGUCACUGGAUCGUGGUUUGUCUCUUCAAAUGCUGUGAAGAGAAAACGGGAACCUGAUAUCUGAGGCACUUCAUGUGGAGUUUUGUUUUGUUUUGCCAAGGAAAACGCUCAGACCAUUCUGCGAGGCACAGAAGAAAAAUGUGGCAGCAGCCGUGUCAGAACCGUCUCUGGCAGCCGGCCUCCUCUGCUUUUCCGUUUGUCCGAAAACUCUGGAGAUGAGAGCAUGAGUGAUGUGGCCUUCGACUCGUUGCCCUCUUCACCUUCUUCAGCAACACCCCACAGCCACAAAACUGAACAUCUGCGUAAGUGAUAUAUAGGGUUGUCGGAGGAUUCUGGCUCACUCGGCAUAUAGGGAUGGGCCUGCCCAUUUUGGCCACCCCCAGACCAUGCACGGAUCGGAACAAAUGCAUGUGGAUUUCCCCCCUAUAUUCUACGAACCGAUACAUGCAUGCGUUGCAAAACCACAACUGAUAUACCUAAAAGCUGUGCUUCCUUUAUUUUUAAAACAUUUUACAGCUGCUUGGAGCAGUUGGUAGCUUCAGUGUAUUCACAUGGUAAAACGAUCUUUUAUAAUGCUCCCCGGAAGCCAGUGUAUGUCUUAAGCAAAGGGAAGGUUCUAUAUUUCAUAGAAUCAUAGAACUGUAGAAUUCAAAGGGCCAUCUAAGUCCAAACCUGCAAUGCAGGAAUCUCUUUUUUUAGACACCUUGCUGCUGAUUUUCUCUCACUUUACUUUUUAAUUUGUAUUUUAUUAUGUAUUUCCAACUGUUCUAAUUGUAUUUAUGUAAGUUUUUUGUUUUUACCUUGUGCGGAUAGCAUUGAUAUUUGUGUUCGGUGUUGUAAACUGCAGGCUCUUCCACCCUUCCGUUUGCCCUUCUGCUUCUCCCUGCAGAAACCCACAAUUUAGUGCUGAAUCGGAAUAAACUGCAAGCAGGUUUUCCACAGAAAAUAGUUGGUUUUCUGAGGGCGAGCAGCGGGGCAAAGGCAGAACUGCCCAGCUCUGUGCUCCCUAGGCAUGGGACAAGCAGAAGUGUGGCCUUUUGACAAAUGGCAGUAUAUAAUUUUUUAAAAUUUAUUUCUAAAGUGCAGGGGAAGUGUAUGAAGAAAAAGAUGGCUGCCCUCUGUGUGCCUUUGGGGGCUGACAUCUUUUUCCCCCUGUACCAGAUCCCUGGUAGCCUUAUUGGAACACUGAAAAUGAAAAAAACACCACCACCAAUGACUGCUCCUUUUUGUGGGGAGUUUAAUUUGAGCCUAAACAGGCUUUGUGCAUAUUCCCUUUUCCAUCGGUGAUGUACAGCGCAGGUUGCCAAUCAGUUGUACCUUGGUCCUGUUUUAGGUCUAGUUGUUCUGGCCCUGAGAUAUUUUGUGAAUCGAGACUCUUGCCAUUGAGUUAAUACGUAACAUUUUGCCCCCUAGACUGGCCGGUAUUCAAUGAAGUGGAUAACUUGGUUCAUGAUGGCCUUGACAAUCAGCGGGUAAGUGCCAAAGUAGAUGUGAUUGUGGCAGUUGUGUGUGUGUGUUUAAGUUUAAGUGUGGAACGUCAUAUAGACACCUUGUGGGCCUCUAUGAGACCAGGAUACUGGUCUAGAUAGGCUUUUGACCUGAUCUAGCCGGGCUGCUCUGAUGUUCUUAAGAGCUGCCCCAGCCACACAGAAAGAGUGAGAUAGGAAUCUGAUUUUAAAAGCAAACAGGCGUGCACCUGAGGAGUGCAGUAUCCUCAUCUCACCUUUCAUUUUGUCCACUCAGCCCCUCUCCCCAAGUGCUUUUCUUCCAACCAGAGCUACUCUUUCUGUGGCAGGGAUUGCUAUUCUUUUUGGGCCCGUGGCCACACAUGCAAACUGGAUAAACCGUUGUGUGCAUCGUUUGCAUGCUUCCAACACACACUCAUGCCCUGUAACCAUGCACACACAUGCAGACUCAUCUCCCACCACCAUUUAUGCUUGGAAAAAGUGUUUUUGCUACUCUCCCCCCAAUCCUAAUUUACUGCCAGAGGGUGGAGGGUGGGUAGAAAUAUCUUCCUGAAGAAUGCAGCUGGUGAGGCAAGAUACAGUCAUACCUCGAGUUGAAUGCUCUUCGGGUUGAGCGCGUUCGAGUUGCGCUCCGCGGCAACCCGGAAGUAACGGAGCGCAUUACUUCCGGGUUUUGCCGCAUGCGCAGGUGCUCAAAAUGGCGUCACACGCAUGCGCGGUAGCGGUGAAACGCAACCUGUGCACGCGCAGACGCGCCGUCGCGUCCUGCGUUCCGUUCGGGAUGCGAACGGGGCUCCAGAAUGGAUCCCGUUCGCAUCCCGAGGUACCACUGUAUAAUCUUUAUGAUCCUGAAUUCAGCAAGGUGGAGUGGGGUAGGUGCCUGCAUGCCCUAGGGGCAACCUCUGAGAACACAUGUGAACUCACAAGCCCCACAGUGGUGACCCCUUUUCAAUGUGAUUUCAUCAGUUCUCAUGUAUUUAAACAUGGGCGUUGGUUUGCCAUGUCCAGUUUGAGCCCAACAUUCUAUGCAGAGGGCCUGUAUAAGCUUUAACUGUUUCAAUUUAAAUAUGAGCUCGAAGACACUGUACUCCAUACAGUGUUUAGGCUUUUAAAAGUACAGUGGUGCCCCGCAAGACGAAUGCCUCGCAAGACGAAAAACCCGCUAGAUGAAAGGGUUUUCCGUUUUUCGAUGCGCUUCGCAGGACAAAUUUCCCUAUGGGCUUGCUUCGCAAGACGAAAAUGUCUUGCGAGUCUUGAGAUUUUUUUCGCUCCCCCCCCCCUUUUUCUAAGCCUUUAAUAGCCGCUAAACCGCUAAUAGCGCUAAUCCGCUAAGACGCUAAUAGGGUUGCUUCACAAGACGAAAAAGCCGCUAGACGAAGAGACUCGCGGAACGGAUUAAUUUCGUCUUGCAAGGCACCACUGUAUUUAUUUUAGUUUUCUGUGGCUGAUUUCAGUUUCAAAACGUAAUAAAAGCAAAAAACAAAUGUAAUGUAAGACCCUCACUCUUGUUCCAUGCAAUUGUAAAAUGCCACAAAACUCUCCUAGUCAGAAAGCAGAAGGAUGUUGAAGAAUUUCAGAAAAAGGAGUGGAAAUGGCUCGUGUUCGCAUAUUUAGCUCGUGUCCGGAAAGGAAAUCAAUACAGUGAAUAUGAUCGGUAUUUGCUGCCGCCGUUGCUUUCAGCCAGCAAAUGAUAUUAAUUGAUUAUGCCUCCCUUGCAUUGGGUUUCCUUUGCACUGAAAUGAACAGGGUGGUAUAACAUAAUUACAUAAAUUAUAAAAGUUAUUUUGCCACAACAAACAGUGAGGCUGACCUGUGGUGGAACGGAAACUGUUGCAUGUAACGAAUACAGUGUGGAAUGGAAAAUAAAGCCAUCUUGCAUCCCUGCUCUAGAGCAAACAUCGUAUCUGUGGUGGGCAUUCAUUUCAGUAUAGACUUAGCAAUCUGUAGUAUAGACAAGCAGGGAUCUUUAUUACCUGCUGCUGCUUCCACACACACACACACACACACACACACACACACACACACACACUUUCCCAGUCAUCUUGAUUUUCCAUCAUUGUGCCACUAGUUCCGCGAGCUAGUUAGGAAUACUCUUUUCAUGUCUAGUUUGUUGUGUUGAGAAAACAAGGUGCAAAGCUGCUAUAUGACUGUCCUGGAAGGAAAUAGCCGAAUUUAUAAAGCAGGAGUAUUUGUACUGCCUUUGCACAUUGAGAGUUCAGAGAAAGUACUGGCAUUGUAUCCUGUUAUUUCUCCGUAGGACUCUGAAAAUGGAGGUGACAGUGGAUACCCCAGUGAAAAGAGGAGUGAACAAGAAGACAUGGAUCACCGAGAAAAAGUAACGCCUUUUCCCUCCAGAGUGAAUAAGCCUUUCCCUUGCCCCCUCAUCCUGUUCUGUAUUAUAUAACCCAUAUAUAAUUUGCUGCUUGUUUUUCAUUCUGUGAAUUUGAAUUGUGAGCAGAAGCUCACAGCACGCAACUGGGAGGGUAUCAAGCUGUAAUUUAAGGGCACCAUGACCUGUAGGUCUGGAAAAGGUAAACUGAAGUUCCCAGUAUUAUUUGUGGGAAGUCAAGUGUGCUUAAAUGCAUAGUGUGAUUGCAGCCUACAUGAAAGAAACGCCAUGUUGUGACAGGUGCCUGUCUCCUCUAUCCAUCUCUCUUUUUCCUGACCUUAACAUCAGAGGAAAGAGGACAGGAGGAGUGUGGCAAAAAUGAGGGGGCAGACUUAUCUGCUCACCUAUGGGCAACUGCUAGUCACCCCAGGUGAGGUAGGAAGGGACACACUUCAUGUCUCUUCCAGCUAUUGUUAUAAGAACCAGUGCUUUCCCCCCUAGAAAAAUAGGUCGGUACCAUGAAGUUGUUACAGUAAGUGCCCCACUUUUUAACAACAACAAAAAAGAGGUGCCAGUACUUUGUACCCUUGAGUAACCCCUGAAAAAAAGCACUGAUAAGAACUAACAUCAUUUUUACUCAUUUUCUGCUUCCCUAUUUGAAAUAUUUAACUUUACUCAUAUUGAAAUGAAUGCAUCACUCCAAAAUCUUGGGAAAGGGGAUUGUUUCCUAAUGCUGCAAAGGUUCUUAGCAAAAUGUGAGUCAUAUUCUGCACCUUUCUUUUCUUUUAACAAUAAUGUAGGGGCAUUCCAAUUGCAACCGGAGACAUGAAUCUGACGAAGACAGUUUGGGCAGCUCUGCACGGGUAAGUACAACAUAAAAUGUCUUCAGGCAAUAGCUGAUUGCUGUGGUUUGGUCCUUAAACAUCAUAUGCAUAUUAAUGCACUUAGCUUUUCUCGGAGUAAUAUUUCACCCUGACUUUUUAAUUCUUUUUCCUCCCUAAUUAGAGAAAUGCUGUUGUAAAUAAAUCCUCUGUGACAACUAAAACCAGUCUCCAGAGCAAACUGGUGAUUCUGCAUGAAAAUUUCAGUUACAUGCUGUUAUUUGCUUUAACUUUUUCCCCGCUGUUUGGUUUUGUUUUCAUUCUGUUCUGCUGUUGCUGCUCUGUCCACACUGUUUGAAUGUUUCUCUACAAAAGGCUCCAGAUCUUGGAGUACGCAAAAAUCUCUCAUUACUGCUGCUCUUUUUAUUCCAUAUUUCCUUCUAUUAUUAUUGUUAAUUCAAAUGAAACCUCUUUUGAUGCAUUCAUUCAUUCAUUCAUUCAUCCUUACUCAUGAUUUUCAACAGCAAUUUUUAAAACAACCUACCAGCUCAUUCUAAACUAGAAGAAAGAUAAGCUAGCUGAAGCCUAGGGUUGCCAUAUUUCAAAAAGUACAUUUCCUGACACCCGCAAAGUUGUUUAGCUUUUGGGGGGAAACCUCCCCCCAAAAUAGUAAUUUUAAGCUUCUGGAACUGUUUCUGCUACUUUUUUCCAUCACGUUGCCAUACAUCUAGGUAUUCCCUGACAUUUUGCUGAUUUGGCGAAAUUCUCCCAUGACAUCAUUUCUACACCCCCUAACAAGGACGUGUCAGGAAUUUUCCUGACGUAUUACAAGCCUAGCUGAAGAGUUCUCGUUAGCUGCAAAUCUCUCUGAAACAAAGGUAUUGUUUCUAGCUGUAAGAAGCAGCUAGAGGUUGCUAGCAAAAGAGAAGUCUUAAUUAAAAUACAGAUUCAUUUGUUUUUAACUGCCAAAGGAAUUGUGAACAACUUAAAAUAGCUGAAAAUAGGCAUUUGCAAUUCAUUGGCGGAAGUUUCCAGGCAUUUGUACUGAUGGGGACAGAUGGACACAUUGAAAUUACCACGUUAUUGCCAAGCCACAGUCUGAGACUUGAAGAGAACAGCAUGCUGUUAUCUAGCCUGCCUUUGCCUGCUUAUCUGCAGCAUUUCAAGAGAGAUUGUUUCAAUGGUUACUGUCCUGUUCCUGCUUUCCUCAACCUGGUUCCCUUCAGGUGCUUUUGACUGCAAUUUCCACCAGCCCUAGGCAGCAUGGCCUUCGAUGGUGGCAGUUGUAUUCCAAAACAUCCAGAGGGUGGGAAUGUUUGGGGAAGGCUGAUUAGAGGGCUUAAGCAUGUGCCUUGGUGUGUCCUCUCAAAUUUCUACAUAAUGCAUUUCCUGCAUUGCAGGGUAUUGGUCUAGAUGACGCUUGGGAUCUCUUCCUGGAAAUGGUUCCUUGCCUUUCAGGCUGCUGUGGUUUUGAGACUAUUAUUUAUUCCAAUUAUUAUUAUUUAUUUCUCACUAUUCCUGACCCAGGACGUGGGUGGCACUGUGGGUUAAACCACAGAGCCUAGGACUUGCCAAUCAGAAGGUCGGCGGUUCGAAUCCCCGCGACGGGGUGAGCUCCUGUUGCUCGGUCCCUGCUCCUGCCAACCUAGUAGUUCGAAAGCACACCAGUGCAAGUAGAUAAAUAGGUACUGCUCCAGUGGGAAGGUAAACGGCAUUUCCGUGUGCUGCUCUGGUUUGGCAGAAGCGGCUUAGUCAUGCUGGCCACAUGACCCGGAAGCUGUACCCGCUCCCUUGGCCAAUAAAGCGAUAUGAGCGCCGCAACCCCAGAGUCGGUCACGACUGGACCUAAUGGUCAGGGGUCCCUUUACCUUUUUUAUUCCUGACCCACCUGUGUUUUAGUCGGUUUUCACUAGAGACCGAGCCUUUAAUGAGGCAAACCCUGCAUUCUUGAACUCCCUGCUAGUGAAGCUUGGCAGGAACCAUCCCUCCCAUCCUUUAGACAUCUUUUGGAAACUUUUUUGUGCGCAGACAGGCAUUUACAACAUUUUUUCUUUCAACCAAUCAGUAUAUUUUUAAUGCUGUGAACCGCCCUGAAAUCUAUGGAUGGAGGGCAGUUGACAAAUCCAACAAUAAAAAUAGAGAUGAUUAUUUAUUUUAUUAAAAAAAAAGAUUCUUAAUGGCUCUUUUGUUGAUACUAUCCUUGUACAUAACCUUGCAGCGCUUUUAUGCAAGUGUGGGUUAUGAAUUCAGAAAGAAGAAAGACCACAAAGUUGCCUAGGGUACUGGUGGCGAAAGCUUCUAAGGACACUUUCCAGGCCUCUGUGUAGUGCAGCAUUAAACCAGGAGUUUGUGGGUGUGACCUGCCUGUUCUCCAAAGUAGCCUGAAAUUCUGGUUGUGGGCAGAGAGUUGGGUGUUGAUGUUGUUUUCACCCCUUUGCUGCUGUUCACAUUUCUGUUUUGAAAAAGCCCAACUAUAAAGAUUUGCUGAUCAAAACUCAUGGCACAAGAGGGAUCUAUCCGUUGGCACUGUUUGUUUAGACAAGGCAGCACGCUCUCUCUCUUUUUCCUUUUCUUUUUCUUCCUUCUUUUUCUUUUUACGUUUCAAACUCAAGUCACGAUGCAUUCGCCCUGUUUUAGGUCAGUGUGGAGAAAUGGAAUCUCUACAACGCUUCCAGAGUUCACAUUCACAGACCCUCCUGUGUGGCGGUGGAAGUGCAGAGACUCAAUGCCUUGGAGCUUGAGAAGAAAAUUGGGAAGUCCAUCCUUGGGAAGGUUUGAUCACCACACAGUCUCUUGCAUCCGGCAGGCACCAAGUAUCACCUGAGCCCGAUGGCUCACUCUGCAGAAAGAACGAGGGUUUUCACAUAAAUUGCUUGUCUCCUUAAGUAAAGAGGACCAGCCUGGUUCUAGGGCCAGAAAAAGGAAUAAACCUGUCAUCUGUGCAUCAAUUAAUACUUAAUUUUCCAUUGACAAUGCGUUUAAACUUGCUGGGUGACUAUGGAGUUGUCAGCGUUGCCAGGGAUAGGACAAUUUAGAUUAGAGAAAGGGCAUCAGAGAAAGGAGUUAAACACCUCCCUCUUAGAGCCGCAGUCUUCCAAACUGCUCAGUGAGACUAAAGAUUAGUAAAGCAAAACAAAAAAAAGUUUAUUUUGGCCUUAAUACUCGGGGAUGAGCUGCUGAUAUUUCCUCAGGGGCAGCAAAUGGCUAGGAGAUUUAUUUUUCCCCUGGGGAGUGCUUCAUAGUAUUUUUGAGGAGGCUUAGUAUUGGCACCCGGCGCCCAUGGGCAGCUGUUCAUCCAUAUUACAGCCUUUUGAGGACUGCAUUCAAGGGGAGCAAGAGGAUCUGUGCAGGGCACCAACAAUGAAGCCGUGUCUGUCCGUACAGCAUCAGUUGCAGUGCAGAAGUGACUUUGAAAGCAUUCAAAAUGUGCUGUUCCUUCCUCUGGUUAGCAUGGGUGUUCCUCUGAGACAAGCUAAAUACAUGGUGGCGUUAGGUGAGAUAGAGCAUGCAUUUGGAGACCGCUCCACACAUCACUCUUUCUCCAGCUUGAAUAGGAGGGAGGGGGGAAAUAUUAUCCCAGGCAGUACUAAGAUAGUCCUGUGAAUCCACUUCCAGGAAUUUACCUUGCUGGCUUUUAAGGUUAAGAAAUUGCUUCAGGGCUUCACGGAACAAUGCCCAGUGUUCUAGGUGCUUCUGGUGUGGCGGCAUUGCUAACACUAAACAUGGUGUGGAUGUGCUCAGCCCCCUAGAUGAGAGACCACUAUCAGUUCCAUGUAAGAGCAGACAUAACAUACAUAAUCAUAAAACGAUUCCUUGAAAACGUUUUGCAGAACUGAACAGGCCAUCGGGUUAUUCUUCAUUGGGUCAUCUUCCUUUCUGAUUUCUUCCGUUCUCUUGAUGUCUCUCUGUCUCACAGGUGCACUUGGCCAUGGUUCGUUAUCACGAAGCGGGCCGUUUCUGUGAGAAAGACCAGGAGUGGGAUGAGGAAUCGGCCAUUUUUCACCUGGAGCAUGCAGCUGACUGUGGAGAGCUGGAAGCCAUUGUUGGCUUAGGGCUCAUGUACUCCCAGCUGCCCCAUCACAUUCUCUCUGAGGUCACACUAGAGGUAAGCGAGGCAGUGCUUAAAGUUGCCAAAAUCUGGAGAGGAAACGGCUCCUGCAUGACCAUUCCCGCACCUCUGGAUUCGUGUUUGAACACAGAAACAAGUCAGGGAUGUUGGCUAUUGUAGCAGCGGAUAUUCUGCAUCUGCAGGGGAUUGAACCAGAUGACCUUUGGGGACGCUUCCGACUCUUGUGAAUCACAUUUGUCUGUACACCUUAAAAUGUGAAGUGUUAAUAAGACCAACACACGUAUUGUGGUACAUUUGAGUGAAUGAAUGAAUUUUAUUAUUAUGGUCACAGACCAGUUUCGGCUCACUUACAAUAUCAGGAAAAUCAUGAAGCACAACAGGAAUACAUUGAAUUGCAAUUGGGUAUAACAGAGGCAAUUCAGAUCUAGUGGUAGUUAAAAAUAUAUAUUAAAUCUUGAUCACUAAAAUAUAACCUAAAAUUAUCAUUUAAAACCUUAAUCAUUUUGGUAGUUCAGCUUGUUCCCUAAGUUUUAUGGCAGUUGCACAUAUUUUGGCCACCCUUAGCGUGAUCUCUAGAUCCUUGUCCUCUACCAGGAAUUUUAGACAUUGAAGUUCGGACCCAUUUAGAGAUUUUUGUAUGACAGGAGUGAUAAAUACUGAGCAUAUAUCCCCGUAGAAACGGCAGCGUAAAAAGACAUGAGAGACAGUUUCUACCUCCUCCAAGCCACAGGGGCAGACUCAGUCCACGUAUGGUUUACCCUCGAAUCUGCCCUGUAAUAAGGCAGAUGGCAGCAUGUUGAAUCUAGUGAGGGUAAAUGACCGUCUGUGGUACAUUUGGGUAAUUUUAGAGGAUCUAAAGAGGGGAGGGGCUCUUUAGAUGCUAAUGUAUCGUACUGCAUUUAUUUCAAAUAUUGUUGAGGGGACCCUUUUGCUCGUUCAGUUGAGCUGGGCUCUGGAUGUUGUUCCAGAGCCUGACCUUGGUAUUGCUGCUGCCCAUGUAUCUUACAAAUACUGUUGCUGAGCCCUGAUUUGCUGCCCAGGAGGCAGUUUGCUCUGCAUAGUGUGUGGAAGCCUCCCUGUCCCCUCAAAUGGGAAUGAUGCCAACAUCCUUUUGUUACCUGUCACAUUCAGCAUUCCACAAAUGCAGUGUCUCUUCCUGGCAACCUGAUACCCAGCUGCAGUACAGUAAGACAGAACACCUCUCCCCCCAUCUCUUAUUUAUCUGUGGUAUGCACAGAGGAUAUUUGGUGAGGUGGGGGUUGAGCUGGGAAGAGGGCUUGUGGGGAGGAGCUAGGAGUAAUAAACUCGUUGAGCUUUUCCCUGAGCCUUCUGCACGUUCCUACCACUCCAGGGGAAAACUUUCUGGGCUCCUGACCUUACGGGUCCUGCAGUUGCCCACUCUGUCCCUUCACCACCCAUCCGUUCCAUAUCUUUAAUUAAUAUGAUAAUACACAAUGUUCCAAGGGAUGCGGGUGGCGCUUUGGGUUAAACCACAGAGCCUAGGACUUGCCGAUCAAAAGGUCAGCUGUUCGAAUCCCCACGACGGGGUGAGCUCCUAUUCCUCGGUCCCUGCUCCUGCCAACCUAGCAGUUCAAAAGCACGUCAAAGUGCAGGUAGAUAAAUAGGUACCGCUCCGGCGGGAAGGUAAACUGCAUUUCUGUGCACUGCUCUGGUUCGCCAGAAGCAGCUUAGUCAUGCUGGCCACAUGACCCGGAAGUUGUAUGCCGGCUUCCUCGGCCAAUAAAGCGAGAUGAGCGCCGCAACCCCAGAGUCGGCCACGACUUGACCUAAUGGUCAGGCGUCCCUUUACCUUUACCUUACACAAUAUUCCAGUAGAUUAAGAUCCCAUACAAAAAUCUCUUGACAAUAGUUCAGCUUUUUCUACAAGCAGAUAUGGCAACUAUGAUAAUUGAUGGUUAUCCUCUUUUUGCUUUUACAGGACAUCAAGGAAAAUAGAAGCAAAGGGUUUGAUUAUUUAUGCAGAGCAUCAGAAGCAGGAGACCGUCCUUCCAUGAUUCUUGUUGCUAGAGCAUUUGAUACAGGCAUGAACCUUCCUCCUGACAGGUACUAUUUUGUUAAUGGUCUCUGACAAGUGGCAGCUGUGUGUGUUGAUUCUUAAAUCACUUUAGGAAUUGUAGAUUUAUAAGGGGAAUAGUGGUCUCCUAACAACUCUCAGCACCCUUAACAAACUAUAGCUCCCAUCAUUCUUUGCGGGAAGCCAUGACAGUUUAAAGUGGUACCAUAGUGCUUUAAAUGUAUACUGCCAUUUUUUUAUCACUCGCUCAUUCUGCCACGUUUUUCUCCUUUUGGCCACCACUUCUGUUCCCUCUCUCUUAUUGCCACCUUCCUCCCUUUCUCUCUGUGCCAUCUCCAUUUUAAGCCACAUGAAAUAGGCCGAAGCCUGCAUGAAAUUAGGGCACUUUUCCGAGGACAGAUUGCCCACCCCUGUUGCAGAGUUUGGCAGAUCGAAUAACAAGACUCAGCAGGAUGCAAGAUCAAAUCUUUAAGCAGCUCCAAAUGUAUAUCCCCCCCCAAAAAAUUAUCCUUGGAGUUUUCCAUGAUUGAUUUGUUGUUUAAUUACUCAGAUGCCGGGACUGGAAGGAAGCCAUACAUUGGUACAAUUCGGCAUUGAACAUGACAGAUUAUGACGAAGGAGGGGAAUACGAUGGGACCCAGGAUGAGCCCCGGUAUCUACUCCUGGCAAGGGAAGCCGAGAUGUUGAUGACUGGAGGGUUUCAUCUAGACAAGGACCCACAGAAAUCAGGUACAGUUCUGGCUUUUUUUUUUCCUUUUUCUUUUUUUAACUUUCUGUGUUUCAUCUGUGCGUGUCUUAAUCUUUAUAAGAUGCCUUGAAUCCAAUUGUUCGAGACUUACACUUCUCUGCAUUCUGCAGUGCAGUUCUCCAGUGAGGGAAUGUGUACAAAAAUGCAUAUACCGGGGGAGCGUUUGCAUAGAAAUGCACAUCUCAGUGAAAAUAAUAUACAAAAAUGCUUUCGUAUUUGUUUUGUAUGUGUUAGGCAAAAUUGCGUGCAUGUGAACGUUAGCAGAAACUUGCAUUAAUUUGCAUUCAUUCAAAUUUCAAGAGGAUUUUUGUUAAAAUCAUGAACUGAUGUGGAAACGGGGAGAAGUAAACUUAGGAUUGAAAAAAAUGAAAAACAGAGACAACCCGCAACUGACAGAUCCAUGCAUUCCUAUUUAGAACUGCCUUUCAUGUGAUCCUUCAUCCUGUUUUCUUUAAAAAUAAUAAUUUUAUAAUAGUACAGAAGGAACAUUAAAACAAACAAACUGAUAUAAACACACAAAACAUUCCAAAGAUCACAUUGAGAAAAGGAAUACACAGGUGAACCACACAUCCUCAUUACACACUUUGAAAAGUAUACAUUUAUAAAUUGCAAAUGUGUAGCAUCAAUUGCAACAGUGAAGUUAACAACCACCUUCUUUAAACCUUGGAGAAAUUCUGGGACGUGAUAUCUAAAUAGAAAAUCUAGAGUAUUGAGAUAACAUACCUCUCCAAAAAGAAAAGUGAAUAGGAGGUUCUUCUGGUGAGGAAUUAAUGAAAGAAAUGGAAGCUACUCAUCUUAAAAUUUAUCUCUGCUACAGUUGUCUCUGACUACUCAGCAAUAUUGUGUUAGUUUGCCUACAAGUGCAACCUUCCAAAGCCUAUCUUACCAGUUUUGCAUAGUUAACAAACGAUGGCUUCUCCGUAACAGUGGCAUCUCCACCUAGGCUGCUUCCAGGAAACAGAUUAUCGAUGACUUAAAUUGACAGAUCCAUCCAUCUCUUAACUGGAGACAUCCUUCAUGUGCUUCUCCACCCAUUUUUCUUAGGUGAGCUGUUUACUGAAGCUGCGGAAGCUGCUAUGCAAGCCAUGAAGGGAAGAUUGGCCAACAAGUACUACCAGAAAGCAGAAGAGGCCUGGGCCAUGAUGGAGGAAUGA